GUGGAGUACAGUCAUCGAGGGGCUAGAGGACAAACGAAGGGUGCAGCCAGUAGAGACCAGCGGGCCGCUCGCGGGUCGGUCAUUCAGGCUGGCGGGGAGGAAAGGUUGGCAUAGACUCGAGGAGCUUGGCUAAAGACGAAGUGGCAGAUUGGAACCGAAUUCUACUGAACUGACUGAAAGAAACAAAGAAAAGAAAGAAAGCGAGAAAGAAGAGGCCGACUACUGACAGCGCGAGAGGAAAGCAGGCACCGCGCGACGCAGCGAGGAGGAGGAGGAAGUGGCAGUGGGGAGGGCAGAGAGUCGAGGAAGGAGAGGAAGGGCAGGAAGGCAGGCAGGCAGGGAGUCAUCGUUCUGCUAUCACCGUUGGUCGACAGCUCAUUGACAACAUACCCUCUCGGUCCCUACUUGACGACGGUAAUUGGGUCGAGGAUUGGUGGUUUCGAGCUUCAGGUCCCGUGCGCGGCACCCUACUGUCUGAAGUGUUGGUAGAUCUCUUGCCGGACCUGAGUGUAAAGGGCUUUGGUUGAGUCGAUUUGUUCGAUCAGCCUGGUGGAAUUCACGCGGUGGCAGGAUGAGGGUCCCAACCGGGUCGAAUUGUAAAUGAUCUAGACUGAAGACGAUGAGACACGGCCUAGGAGGGCGACGAGCUUCUGUUAGGACUUGGGUGAUUACGUGUGAACUAAUGGAUAUCUGGAUCGAAUCCUGAGUGGUCCGAAUUCAGGUUGUGGAGAGGAAGUAGAUGUAAAUAUGAACAGAAAAAGAAGAACAGAAGUCGCUUCGCAUGGUUACGUGGACUCUCGGCUGUUCUUGCACCCCGGAUCUUUGUAGGUGAGAAGUAUGAUUUAGGCAGUGACAGUAAGGUGUAGCUUUACGAUCAAAGGCGCGGACUUUCAGUGGUUGAAGCUGUCGGAAGCUGAGGGUGUUCCUUGAGUGUGUUGAUUCAACGAGGAAGGGAAGUUUAGGUCAGAGGACUCUUUAGAGAUCCAUACAGAGUUCACAGGGUCGCGGAUCAGAUUCAAGGAUGGCUGAAGGAGCUCCUUCGACACUGGUUCAGUCCCUGACAGACGUAGUGAAUGGCAUCACACAAAUAGGAGUGUACAGAAGGACGCAUAAAAAAGAGUGUGCGAAUCUAACACGGCGAGUGAAAUUGCUGGCUCCUUUGUUCGAAGAGGUGAAAGAGUUGAAAGGACCUCUCCCCGAGGACGCCAUCGUCUGCUUCAACGCCCUAGAGAAAGCUCUAUACUUUGCGAAACAGCUGCUCCUCUUGUGCCAUGAUGGGAGCAAACUUUACCUGGUCAUGGAGAUGAAGGCAGUGUCAGGAAAAUUCCAAGAGGUGACUGCAGAGCUGGCCCAGGCACUUGACAGUCUACCCUGGGAUCAACUAGACGUUUCCGUUGAAGUUCGAGAGCAGGUUGAACUCGUCCAUACACAACUAAAGCGGGCGAAGGGUAGAGUGGAUGUACAAGAUCAGCUAUUACAAGAUAUUGAAACUAUCUUAGACCCAGAAUGUAACGAGGAUCCGGAUGAGUCUGUGUUGGAGCGGCUUUCCGAGCAGUUGGAACUCAAAACUAUGACAGCAGUUAAGCAAGAACUGAAGGCUUUACAAAGCUUCGAUAGGGGUGGAAAUGUGGACGAAGGUUUGAAGAAGAUGUAUCAUAUUCUGAAACACCUUACCACAGUCGCGUCCAAGACAGACAACAUAUCGAGUUCCGAUCUCAAACUUCUCGAGUUUCAGAGUGCAGACAAAGCUCGGAAUGCUGCAGCUGCUGCCACUGAGAAAUUCUCCUCAGCCGAGAUGGCUGAGAAAUUCUCUUCUGCUGAAAUUCCCGAUGAUUUUCGAUGUCCUAUCUCCUUGGAGUUGAUGAAGGACCCCGUCAUUCUAGCCACUGGGCAGACUUAUGAGCGAGCAUGCAUUCAAAAAUGGCUGGACGAUGGGCACCGUUCAUGUCCAACGACGCGAGUACCCUUGCCUCAUUAUAGCUUGACACCAAAUUAUGUGCUGAGAAGUCUUAUCGCUCAAUGGUGCGAAACGCAUGGGCUCGAAGUGCCCAAGAAGAAUAACCGCCCUGGCAAACAUGGCACGCACUGCGCGGAUGUUUCCCCCGAUGCUGCCGCUGUGGAGGUUCUUCUGAAUAAGCUUUCCACGGGAAGUUUGGAUGAGCAGCGGAACGCAGCUGGGGAGUUACGCAUGCUUGCUAAGCGAAACGUGGAGAAUCGGAUAUGUAUCGCAGAGGCUGGAGCGAUCCCUUUGCUUGUCAAGCUUUUGUCUACGCCAGACUUGAGAACACAGGAGCACGCUGUCACAGCACUGUUGAACUUGUCAAUAAAUGACAACAACAAGGGAGCUAUUGUGAUGGCCGGGGCGAUAUAUCCCAUCGUUGAUGUCCUCAAAUCUGGGAGCAUGGAAGCGAGGGAAAAUGCCGCAGCUACUUUGUUCAGCUUGUCUGUUGUUGAUGAGAACAAGGUGACUAUUGGGGCGUCCGGCGCCAUUCCAGCUCUAGUAGAUCUGCUUCGAGAUGGUACUGCAAGAGGAAAGAAGGACGCCGCCACUGCUCUGUUCAAUUUGUCAAUUUUCCAAGGAAAUAAGGCCAAGGCAGUGAGGGCGGGUGUCGUACCUCCGUUGAUGAAACUGCUAGUAGAUCCUAAUGCGGGUAUGGUCGAUGAAUCUCUAGCCAUACUGGCGAUAUUGGCGACACAUCCGGAGGGUAGAGUGGCGAUCGGUAGUGCUUCUGCCAUUCCAAUUUUGGUUGACUUGAUUAGAUCGGGAUCACCACGAAACAAGGAAAACGCUGCCGCAGUUUUGCUUGCUCUAAGUAUGAGUGAUACGAACCAUCUAGCGGACGCUUGGAAACGGGGAGCUCAGGGUCCUUUGGCGGAACUCGUUCGAACUGGUACUCAGAGGGCUCGGCGGAAGGCAACUCAAUUACUGGAUCAGAUGAAGAAGCUAAACUUGGACAUAGCAAAGGAGAAUCAAUAGCAUCCAUCGUCUGUACGCUUCGGAUCCAAAUCAUUAGCUCCCCUGGUAAGCAACCUACAGGUAGUGAAGAUGGUCGAAGAUCAUUCUUCCGUUUGUGUACUCUAAAUUCAUCGCAGGUGCCUACACCAUUGUACUUAUAGGUACGGGAGAUCAAUCAUGAUGGUGGAGAUUUUCCUUGUCCCUUGGGUUUGAGGCUUGAUUCCCUCCUUACCAGGAACUUUGAGGACAUAACAUCUGCUCAAGACAUACAAGAGGUUUGUGUCUAAUUGCAGGUGCAAUUUUUUUCAUAACUGGAGAUUGAGGGUCUGCCAGGAUAUCUCCGCAACUCAAAGAGUAAAUUGCCAUGACAAAUGGCAUGUUUAGCUGGUUGGCUUCUACAGCACUCCGUGGAGUAAAGUGACGCUAGUCGUACAGUUUGUCAACGAAUUUAUAUCAUUUAAAAAGUGGUCCCAGAGAUAGUCGCCCUCCCUCAACUCUGAAUGUCCACAAUUACAGCUGUUUCCAUCGACAUGGCGUAAGCCGUCCUCUGUCUGUAGAUUUGAUGUGGACAGGGGAUAGCGAAUGAGAUUCUAUCCUGAAGUAGCCAGAAUAGUUUGAACUCGACUGCUGCCUUAGAGUUCCAUAUCUGAUGAGCAAGAAUAUUGAUCCUGUAGUUCCCUUAUUCAUUAAGUUUCGUUGUAGUCCCGGUCGAGAUCUAUAAAAGCCAUUCAAUUUCCUCUACUGUAAUUAUUUCCAACAUGGUUUGGGCUUAGAUUCAAUGUGGUUCAUUUCCCUUUUUAUGAUAGCGGCAACUUCUGCCAAUUUUUUUCACGUGUAAAAGUGACUUUUACUCUGUUCUAUUCAUUUUGCAAUAUAAAUUAAAGCAACACUGUUGCUCAGAGUCCACACUGUUUUGGAGACUUCGAACGC